AUGAAAUUGAUUAUUGUGAUAUCUCUAUUAGUAUUAUUGAUAUCCUGUUAUUUACCAGAUUCUUAUGGGGAUCAAGGAAGAGAUUACCAGUUUAAAUAUACUGGUUAUGUAGCCCCCAGCUUGGAUUUAUUCUUGAGAGAGUACAAUGCUUUUGGUAAAUCUGCCAAUGAAUUUGAAUUGGAUCAAAAGUUAUUACUAUUGUUAGAUAAUCCGGAUUGUUGGUAUAACCAAAGAGGUAAAAAGGUGAUCCUUUUGUUCAACGAAACUAAUUUUCCAGAGGAAUAUGCAAUUCUACGUAGCUCUAGCAAGAUAUUUGGUCCAAAUAAUAAAUUGGAAAAUGACUUUUUAGUUUUGGAAGAAGAAGAAGAACGACAAAAUUAUAUGGGCUUUUACGAUCAGAUGGGAGAUACCUAUAAUUCAGAGAUAUCAGAAAAUACGAGCAUUUAUAAGAAAAUAAUGAGUGAUGAGGAAGAUAAAAACUCUUAUUUGGAUAGUUAUUCGGAAAAUAAAAUCCCAAUUAUUAAAGAUAUGAUGUCAGAGGAUUUAGAAAAGGAAAAAUAUAAGUCCAGGAUUAGAAGACUUAUAAAUAUGAAAGAAAACACCCUAAAAAGAAUAUACCAAACUUCUAUUGAAAUUAAAAAUUUGGAAAGUUCUUUUAUUAUGCAAUGUGAUUCCCCUGAGUGUAAUAUAUGUAAUGACUUCCAAUCACAUUUAAAUAGUAAGUAUAUCGAGUUAAACAAGUAUAAGCAUCGAUAUAAAAUGAUCAUAUCUUUAUUUAAAGAAUUUGUUGACCAUUCAAAUAAGUUUGAUUUUUACCAUAACUAUGACAAAAAUAACUCUGAAUGGCAAUUAAAUAGUGGAGUAAAUUAUACUCAAGCAUGGGAAGAUUUUAAUAAAAAAAGAGGAAGAAUUUAUAAAGUAAUAAAAAGACCAAAUUUUAAUAUAACAAAAGAUGACCAUAGAGUGGAUCAUGAGUCAAACUAUAAAGAACUAAAAAAAAUGUUAAGUGAAUCUGAAAAGGAAAUAGAUAUUCAAAUCAAAAAUAGUGAAAAGGAUAAAAUUCCAGGUAAUAAUGAACGAGCUGAAUCAAAUAUGACUGAUUGUACUAAAGAAAAGCUUGAAGAAUUAGUUAAUAAAAAUGAGAAGUUAUCACUUUUGAUUAGAAGUGUAAAGUUUUUUAUUGAGUCUUUAUUUGAAAGAUCAUGUCCCAAGUGUAAUAUCAAAUCAUUUAAUGGAUUCACUAAAUUCGGAGAUAUGCUUGAUACACAAAUACGUAUUCUAAAGUACUAUCAAUCUCAAAAAAUCAAGUUCGAAAAUGACAUCCAAUCUUGUAUUUACUUCCUAGAAAACAAAAAUAUUGAACUAGAUGAUCAUUCUCAAUCUAUUAAAAGACCUUAUGGUUACAAAUAUAGAUAUAUGCCUCCUAAUGAAUACAAUAGAAAGCUAAACAAAAUAUUUAAAAAGUAUGAGGAAUACGAAAAGAAUAAGGUAGAUCUUGAGAAAUUAAUUUAUGGUUCCACUAAAAAUUGGGAAGUACAUAAUAAAAAGUUAUUAUGUGAUGUUAAUAGCUUAGUUUUGAUGAGCGAAUUAUCCAAAGAAAUGAUAAGCAGAAUAAUUUCCAGUGAGAUUCAAAAGAGGGUAUAUUUAAGACGAAAAGAAUGUCAAACUUGUUCUUAUAAUGACUGCCAAAGAUGUUACGAGAAUUAUAAGAAACUUAAAAACUUGGAAAGUAACAUUAAUUCUCAGAAUAAACUUUAUAAGUCUAUUUUAGCUUAUUUAGAUCUAUGUGGUUUUGAGCAAAUUUUAAUUAGUUCUGAAUUCAAGGACUUGAACAAAAACAAUGAAAUUGAACUAGAGUAUUUUGGAAAGGAUGGUAGAUUAUGGUCAGUUGAGAAGUACUUAUCUGAGUCUUUUAUUAAUAGAGUAUUGGGAUUAGAUGGGCAGUUAUCACCUUUUCUUAGAGCAAAGGUUCUUGAAAGAAUUAAAUUCACAUUACAAGCAUUCAUUAAAGUUUUGGAGUUGUCUUACUCGAACAUUGACAGAAAAGAUUGUAGUUCAUGUAAAAAUAGGCAAUGUAAUGAUUGUUACUAUAAGUUUAAAAAAAUUAUUGAUAAUAAUACUCAGAUUAGAAAAUAUAACAAUCUUUUAAGAUUAGUAAACUUUGAGCUAAAUAAGUAUUUUGUUCAAAUAAGGAAAACAAAUGUUAAAAGAUUAACAAGGGGAAAUACGAAAGAAUGGAUUUUAAUUAAAGAUAACACUCUUAGAGAAUGGCUACCAAACCAACCAGAAUUGAUUUUGAAAUGUGAUAAGGAGAGCUACACAGAAGCAUUUACUUUUUAUAAAGAGAUUUCAUUCAAGAGAAAACAUCUACAAGAUAUGUCUGAGCAUAUAUAUAACUCUAUUAUAAAUAGCAACCUAAAAUUCUCUGAGUAUCAUUUUUCAAAGCAAGUUAAAGAAUGGGGAUCAAUAUGGAAAGAGAAAACCUAUUAUGAUGAGGUAUUUAGUAACAUUGAUAGAUAUCUAUCAUCAUGUGUAAAUAAAAAUCAGGAAUUUAAUAGCUCUUUUCAUGAUUAUUUAAACAGAAAAUCUGAGAUAAAAAAUUUAUACAAGAGUUUCCAGGAACAUAGUGAGAAUAUUAAUUGUUUGAUAGAGAAACUAAGGGAAAUUCAUAGCAAAGGUUACAUAGAAUGUUCCAGAGCUUUCCAGAUUGAUUGUUGUAGUAAUUUGACUUCUUCAGAAGAUAUUUAUCAAAGAUUAAAUUCUGAAUUUAAAACAUUCAAAAGAAUUAGAAAAAAGUUGAAUUCCUAUAUAUAUAAUGAACAAUUAAAUUAUUAUGAUUACAAUAAGGAGAUUUACGAAAAUUACCACAGAAAUGAAUUUAAAGAUCGCUUUUCAAAAUAUCUAAGUAUGAGACCUGAAAAAACAAGAAUUAAAAAAAGAAUAAAAGAGGAUAAAUUGGACAAAACUAUAUUUGAAUAUCAGGAUAUUACAAAGUCUCCAAUACCAGGAAUGAGUAAGUACUUACAUGGAAGUAAAUCUAGCACAGGUAAUGAAGAUCAAAAUACAUUUCAGCUAAAUCCAGAAUCAGAAUUUCAGUGUAGUAAGAUAGAAAUUUUAGUUUUACAAAAAAUAGCAUCACUACUGUCGAAAAAUCAAACUAGGUUGAAACUUUUAAUGGGUUUAAAUAGUAUAAGAUGUGAAAUAGAGGAAUGUUAUAACUGCAAAGUGAGAAGUAAAUUUCAUGACAAAAUAGAAAGAGAACUCAAUAUUUUAAAUAAAGUUUUGAAUACUGCAACUGAGCAGUUGAAUCAAUGUAUGUUGGACUCUAGCGAAAAUCUGAUAACUAAAGAAGAUAUUAUUGAGUUUCAAAGUACAUUAAUUCAGCUUUCAAAGAAAGAAAGCAGUUUUAACGUUGACUUGAAAAGUUAUAUAUAUAAAAUUAAAGAUUUUCAAUGCGAAAAGAAAGAAAUUGAAAAAAUUUUAGAUAUUAAACAGGAAAAAAGUAUUAAAAUAUAUUUUUGGAUAGAAGAAAUGUUAACGCAAAUACAGACUUCAAAUGAUGAAGAUGAGAAUAUCAACAAUAAUUAUACUAUUUGGACACAUCAAGUUAUUCAACUCUUAAAUUUCUCAAUGGUAUUAGAAGAGAGAUUACAAGAGUGUAUUAAUACAUUAAAUAUAUGUAUAGAUCAUUCUGAAGAGAAUGAUACUGAAUAA